AUGGCCUCUGUAGCGACAACUCGUGCUGCAUUGCCUCCUUCUUCCGCCACGCAGCACAAGCGUCGAAGAGUGGAAGGCGCUGCUGGUGCGGUGGUGGUGAACAAAAAGGGCGCAGGAGGAGCCAAGUCAGGUGCGAGAUCCUUUGUAGAGACCUUAGAGAAGCUGCGUGAUGAAGCGGAACAAGUGGCAAUGGAAGAGGCGGGAUCGGAGGAGGACAAAUGGGCCCGACCAGCAUUGCAGCCGCUGGAUGCCAAGACGGAUGGCAUAACAUUUCAGCAGAUCGACAUUGAAGAGUAUCAAGCGGCCAAUCAGGCUCCCCUCAUCCGAAUCUAUGGAGUCACUGCUGCUGGUCACUCGGUCCUAGCUCACGUAUCCGGAUUCCUGCCUUACUUUUACAUCCACGCACCGCGGGGCUUUCAACAAAGCGAUUGCAGCUCCUUCGCCAAUCACCUCAACUCGCUCUUUGGCGCAAGGAGCGUGACGCGUGUGGAGAUGGUGGCGAAAAAGAGUCUGAUGAACUAUUUGGGCGAUCAAGACGUCGCCUUUCUCAAGAUCACCACUGGCGAUAUUCGCAAUCUGGGCAAAGUGAGGGGAAGUUUGGAGCGCGGAGAAGUGUCCUUUAGGGAUCUGAUGUCGUCGGGGGAUGCUCAGGUCAGCUACGAAAACAUCGCUUACUCGCUGCGCUUCAUGAUCGAUCACAAGAUUGUGGGCAUGAAUUGGUUGACUAUUCAACCCGAAGGCUACACGGUCCGAUCGGACAAUGACAAGCUGUCCCGCUGUCAGAUCGAGGUCAACUGCUCCUCCCAAAGCUUGGUUUCGCAUGCACCAGACCACGAGUGGGCGGACAUCGCCCCGCUGCGCAUCCUCAGCUUCGACAUUGAGUGCGCAGGAAGAAAAGGCGUCUUUCCAGAAGCCGAGGUCGAUCCGGUGAUCCAGAUUGCCAGCAUGGUCACUCGUCAAGGCGAGACGGCUCCCUUUAUCAAAAACGUCUUUACUCUUAACACUUGCUCCCCCAUAGUGGGCACGCACGUCAAGGACUUUCAAAGCGAAAAGGACAUGCUGGAAGCUUGGGCGGACUUUGUGCAGGUUGUCGACCCGGACGUCGUCAUUGGGUACAACAUUGCCAACUUCGACUUUCCCUAUCUCCUCGAUCGAGCCAAAGCGCUCAAAGCUACGAAGUUCCCUUAUCUGGGCAGAGAGCGAUGUGAGUUCUGUGCACGCUGUCAAUAAUGUUCGCCUGCUCAUCCGAAUAGCGGUGCACCACCACCACUGCCACAGUGACACGUACCGAAGCCAAGGACACGCACUUUUCAUCCAAAGCGUACGGCACCCGAGAUUCAAAGAAUACAGAGUUGCAAGGCAGGUUGCAGUUGGACAUGCUGCAAGUCAUGCAGCGAGACUACAAGCUGCGCUCUUACUCGCUCAAUUCCGUCUCGUUUGAGUUCCUGGGAGAACAAAAGGAGGAUGUGCACUUUUCGCUCAUUACUGAGCUUCAAAAUGGAGGGCCUGAGGCUCGUCGAAGAUUAGCAGUAUACUGCUUGAAAGACGCUUACCUGCCGCAACGACUUAUGGACAAGCUCAUGUGCUUCAUCAACUACAUUGAGAUGUCUCGCGUGACGGGCGUGCCCUUCAACUACCUCUUGGCCAGAGGUCAACAGAUCAAGGUGGUCUCGCAGCUGUUCAGAAAGGCCCGCGAAGACAAUUACUUGGUGCCUUCGCUGAAGUCUGAAGGUACAGACGAUCAGUACGAGGGAGCAACCGUGCUGGAGCCCAAGCAAGGCUACUACGAUUCGCCCAUCACCACUUUGGAUUUCGCCUCGCUUUAUCCUUCCAUCAUGAUGGCGCACAACUUGUGCUACACUACGCUGCUCACCCGAACGACGAUCGAGCGAUUGAAGCUUGUCAAGGACAAGGAUUACGUGCUGACGCCCAACAACAACACGUUUGUCAAGCCAGAUGUUCGAAAGGGGCUUUUACCCACCGUGCUGGAGGACCUGUUGGCCGCUCGUAAGCGAGCCAAAGCGGAUUUGAAAAAGGAGACGGAUCCCUUCAAACGUGCCGUGCUGGAUGGAAGGCAGCUGGCACUCAAGAUUAGCGCCAACUCCGUUUAUGGUUUUACGGGUGCAACGGUGGGCAAGUUGCCAUGCUUGGAGAUCAGCAUGAGCGUCACGGCGUACGGUAGGCAGAUGAUUGAGCAGACCAAGACGCAGGUAGAGUCGCACUACUCCAUCGCCAAUGGCUUCGAGCACGAUGCAGAAGUCGUCUAUGGUGAUACCGACUCGGUCAUGGUCAAGUUUGGCACGCCAGACUUGAAGAGGGCCAUGGAGCUGGGAGCGGAUGCGGCUGCUAGAGUAUCCACCACCUUUACCAAGCCCAUCAAGUUGGAAUUUGAGAAAGUCUACUUUCCUUAUCUGCUCAUCUCCAAGAAGAGGUAUGCAGGUCUUUACUGGACCAAUCCGGACAAGUGGGACAAGAUGGACACGAAGGGCAUCGAGGUGAGUCUACACCAACGCUUGCUGCCGAUCGCUGGACGCGCAUUUACACAUUCCUCUUGUUGGCGCCACCCAGACCGUCCGCAGAGAUAAUUGUCGCUUGGUGCGCAUGGUCAUUGAUACUUGUCUGCGCAAGAUGCUCAUCGACCGCGACGUCAAGGGAGCAGAAGAGUAAGUGCGACGCGUUGGCCGGCGGCCGUGUUGCGUCGUGGCUCAUGCCUAUCCUGGCACACACCUUCUUGAACAAUAGCUUCGUCAAGCAAGUGAUUUCCGAUUUGCUGCAAAACAAGAUCGACCUGUCUCAACUGGUCAUCACCAAGGCGCUGGCCAAGGCGGACUACGCAGCCAAGCAAGCUCACGUAGAGUUGGCAGAGAGGAUGCGAAAGAGGGAUGCUGGGUCUGCGCCGGCGCUCGGCGACCGUGUCGCCUACGUCAUCGUCAAGGGCACAAAGGGCGCUGCUGCGUACGAAAAGUCAGAAGAUCCCCUCUACGUGCUUGAACACAACAUUCCCAUCGAUACGAGGUAUUACUUGGACAAUCAGGUGAGCUGCUUUGCGAUUGCCCUGUCGUGCUCGUGAUCCAUCCGCUGACACGCCGCCGACCCCACUCAUUAGCUGGCAAAACCCUUGAUGCGAAUUUUUGAACCCAUCUCUGGUGCAGGUGCACAGAAGCUGCGUGAGUGUUCAUUGUCAACUUGAGCAUGAAGCAGCGCCAAAUUCUCACUCGGUUCGCUUGCGUUGCACAGUUAAUGGGUCUCAUACGCGCACCGUGCAAGUGGCUACCUCUACCGUAGGCUCGUUGAUGAAGUUCGCAGUGAAGACUGCACAGUGUCUCGGAUGCAGGACUCCUCUGCCUGCAAAGCUCGGGGGUGAGUCUAGAGGUGCUAUGCAGCAGUUGCGAUAUCUCCCCCUGAAGAUUCUUUUUUUUUUUUUUUGCUAUCGUCUCGUCUUCCGGAAAAGAUGCUCCGGUGUGCGAACGCUGCAGACCUCGAUUGCCCGAGAUAUAUGCUGAAAAGGUGAGGCUAGUUCGAGCCUGCGCAGUCAGUUCACUCCGAGAGCUGAUCGAUCCCCUUGCCCUGCCCCCCUUUCGCAUGCACAUCUCCCAGCUCGCAAGGCAGUCAUCCCUCGAAGAAGAGUUUUCUCGACUUUGGACAUGCUGUCAACGUUGCAGUGGCACAGUGACGCAGGACGUCCUGUGCAGCAACUCUGGUGAGUGAGAAAAUGCACCCCCCUCAUAUUCUUGUCCUGUCCUUCUCCUUCCCACCGUCCGAUUCGCACACUUGAUAUCUGAUGCUUUUGGCGCACCCCACCCUGCAUUUGACAGAUUGUCCUGCUUUCUACUCGAGGAGAAGAGCGCAAAAGGAUGUGGAGGAGGCUUCUAAAGUCAUGGCUAGGUUCGACAUUUCUUGGUAG